CGAUGACACAGCCACAAUGAGUGGUGCAUAGGGAACCAAAUGCCAUCUAUAUUCACUGUGCUUCUCACAAUCUAAACCUGGUCCUGAACCAUACAUGCCAAAAUGUGUCAAAAGUAAAAGAACACUAUGAUACUGUACAAAAAUGAUAUGUUUCUUUCAGUGGUAGUAUUAAAAGAUGGCAGCUUGUUGAGUCACAGUUAAAGUGACAGGGCAACCAACACUUAAACAGCUGUGCCCGACGUGUUGGGCAUCCAGAAAUGAUGCUGUGUGCUCACUCCACUUUCGUUAUCCAGAUGUGAUGAAAGCACUUAUGAGAAUGUGUCUGUUAUCUAAAAAGCCAGAUGAGGCCGAUGGACUCAAACAUAACAUGGAACAUUUUGAGUUUGUCCUUCAGACAGUGAUACAGGGUAAAAUUCUGGAAACUAUCAGCACUGUUUCACAAAGUCUCCAAAAACAGAACAUUGAUAUUUUGCAGGCAAGCAAAUAUGUAUCCAGAGCAUCUGAGACCGUCGUGUCACUCAGAGGAGAGUUUCACUGCCUUAAAGAAACUGCCCAAAGUCCUGCUCAGUCAUUCAUUUCCACAAAAACACACGAGGCGCACCAAAAGACAUGUUGAUGAGUUAUGCGAGGAUGAAAGGCUCAAAUGCAGAGGAGCACUUCAGAGUGUCAGUAUGUUACGCAGCUCUAGAUGCUGCUGGUGUGCAGGUAACACACAGGUUUCAGGACAUGCAAGAGCGGCACGGAGGUUUGGGUUUUUACACCCACAAGAACUUUUGUUAAAUCCGAUGGUGAACUGUUUACAUCAGCAAGUGCUUUAGCAGACCAGUACAAAGAUGACUUGUCUGCAUAUUUUCCAGAACAAGUUCUUUCAUUUAGAAGCACAUUUGUGUCCACCAUAAAAGAAAUGGAGCUCGGCUCAGUUCAAGAUUUGUAACACACUCUAUUCAUAAAGCAGCGCUCCAUAUUAACAAGUGUGCCUGAUGUCACCACGGCUAUUAAACUAUUUCUGACUCUACCUGUAACUGUGGCAAGCACCAAAAAACAUCCCCAAGAGAAAAGACCAGAGACCAUGUCCAGUGAACUGCUCAUUUAUUUAAACAAUGAUAAUUGCUUCGAUUAAUAAAUCAGGACAGUUAAGUUAUUGCUAAACUUCUUUACAUUCAUCAGACACACACCUGAGACACACCAAGAGUGGAAUCAGUGGUGCAAUCAAGAUGAGCAGCCUGCACUCACCUGAACAUCCAGGCUCAGUGGUUAGAGGCAGGGUGGAGCCUGCUGGAGUCCGAUGGUUGACACCAGGUCUGUGGAGAUAUUCCUGUGAGCUCACAGUCGACACAAACACAGUCAGCAGAGAGAUCAAACUGUCUGACAACAACAGGAAGAUGACACGUGUGGAGGAGGAUCAGUCAUAUCCUGAUCAUCCAGAGAGGUUUGACUGGUGUCCUCAGCUGCUGUGUAGAACUGGUCUGACUGGUCGCUGUUACUGGGAGGUCGAGUGGAGAGGAAGAGUUUCUAUAUCAGUGAGUUACAGAAGAAUCAGAAGGAAAGGAGACAGUAAAGACUGUUUGUUUGGAUGGAAUGAUCAGUCCUGGAGUCUGUGGUGCUGUGAUGAUGGUCGUUACUCUGUCUGGCACAAUAACAGAAGAACAGACAUCUCCUCCUCAUCCUCCUCCUCCUCCUCCCUCCUCUCCUCCCUCCUCUCCUCCUCCUCCUCCUCCUCCUCCUCCUCCUCCUCCUCUGGUAGAGUAGCAGUGUAUGUGGACUGUCCUGCUGGCACUCUGUCCUUCUACAGAGUCUCCUCUGACUCACUGAUCCUCCUCCACACCUUCAACACCACAUUCACUGAACCUCUUUAUCCUGGAUUUGGGUUCUUGUGGUUCAGUUCUGGUUCCUCAGUGAGUCUGUGUGGUGUUUAGUGUGCAGAGUCUCCUCCUGUCACAGAAACAUUGUCAGUGCUGAACAGUUGAGUCUGUACAGGAUCACAGUCACAUCAAUCUUUCAGUUUCUUGUCAUAAAUUCAUCAUCAACUUUGUACAAAAUGAUUCAAACUGAUUGAAAAGAUUCUUCAUUUACAUUUGAAACUUCUUCCAUUAAAUUGUGGAAAUUGU